AUGGGAGACAUAGUUGCGGCAACAGAGAAACCUAAAGAAGAAGGAACAUCUUCAAUACAAUGUCCGAUGCUUACUGCAACAAAUUAUACAAUAUGGGCCGUGAGGAUGAAGAUACUCCUUAAAGUGCAUACAGCCUGGGAGGCAGUGGAGACAGAAGCUCCUAACACCGAGAAGAACAACUUAGCGCUUGCUCUGCUGUUCCAAUCGAUACCGGAGAGCCUUAUAAUGCAAGUCGGAGAGCUCGACGUAGCAAAACAAGCAUGGAAUGCUAUUAAGACAAGACACGUGGGUGCAGAGCGUGUGAAGGAAGCUAGACUUCAAACACUGAUGGCUGACUUUGAUUGUUUAAGGAUGAAAGAAACAGAGAGUAUCGACGAUUUCAUUGUUGCCUCGCUAGAGCAAGUGCUUGAUCUUAAUACAACAAGCUUUGAAGACAUCCUUGGACGCUUAAAGGCGUAUGAAGAACGGAUCAGCGAAGAGAAUCAAGAAGAAGAUGAUAAAGGAAGGUUAUUAUACACAAGUAGUGAAGGACAAACUUGCCAAUCAGCUAGACCUCAAGGCGACCACUCUUCUCGAGGAUACUCCGAUGGAGGAAGUCAUGAGUACAAUGAUUCAUAUAGGGGCAGAGGUCGUGGAGGACACUCCUUUGACAGAGGGAGAGGUCGCAGUCGUUAUAAUGGAGGAAUAAACUACAACGAAGGUGGAGGAAGAGGAGAAAACAGAGACGCAUCUCACAUUACUUGUUAUCGAUGUGAUAAGCUUGGUCACUUUGUGGCGCAAUGUCCGGAGCUUUUAUUGAAGUUGCUGGAAGCUCAAGAAGCCGAUAAUACAGAGACACAGGAAGCCGACGAGCUCAUGAUGCAUGAGAUAGUAUUUUUGAAUGAGAAGAAGGUGCUGCCAAAGAAGUAUGAGAGCGAUAGUCAAGGAGAAGACAUUUGGUAUCUUGACAACGGAGCAUCGAAUCAUAUGACUGGGGAUAUAAGGUAUUUUCAAAGCUCGAUGAUAAAAUAUCUGGAAAGGUACACUUUGGAGAUGAUUCUCGUAUAG